AGUCCCACAAUUCAUAAGGAACUAUGGCGGUGGUUGUAAGCGGGUCUGCACUCGCUUCCUUGUUUUUCGAACUUAUAAACAGUCCAGGCGAUCAGGAGGGCUUCUUAAUUGGACAAGUACACAAGCGUGUGACAGAUACCAUAAGUGAUUCUCAGAUAACCAAUGUUAAAGAAGAAACAGUCAUAGCCAUUCAGUCCCACAUACCAUGCUUGGGCCUGUUCAGCUUCUACAACUCUGCUGGUUCACUGAACUUCCAGAAGUUGGUUGAGCUACUAGGAGAAAAAAUUAAGAAUGUUGUAGGAUGGUACAGAUUUAGAAGAAAUACAACUCCCAGUAUAACACUACGUGAACGCGCUCUCCACUUCCAGCUUCAGGAUGCAUUCCCCACCAUUACCAGUCACCACUUUCUGUUCAUGCUGUCUGGCUGCAGCCUCUCAGCUAACAAUGCUCUUCAUAACUUUGAUCAUGUCAUAAUGCAUGCAGUGGAUAGGUGCUUUCAGCCACUGGUGCUGUCAGUAGUGAACCUAGGAGACACAAGUCAUGUGGAGUACAAGCUGUUCAAUACUCUGGCCACCAGUAAGGACAGUGGCAUGUUUGGAAGUCUAGUCAGUGAGUUUGAAAAAUUAUUUGUUGAUCCUGGAGGCCAGAUAGGACAGAUAGGCAAAGUACAGGAAAUGAAAGCUAAUGUACAGGAACAUAUUCAGGUUUUAUCUCAAGAUGUUAUGGAGACAGAGCAGCACUUGCAGAGUCUGCAUAAAGAAGUGGAGGUACUGAGAGAGAGGUUAAGGCACAAAGAAUCUAAACAUAAUGAAAAUGCAAAAGUCCCACAUAAAAAGAACAAAGCCCUACCCCCUGAGCCAGAACCUGAACCUGUGGUAGAGAACUUGCUUGUGUUUGAGGCGGAACCUGGCCAAAGAAAAGCAAAUACAAGAACUCCUGAAGUAGAAGCUGUUACAUUAACAGAAAACCAAGUCAUUUUGUCAGAUCUAAGUAAAGAGUGUGAACAAACUGAAAAAGAAACUAACAGUGCAACCAAUGCAAGCUGUGAUAUAGCAUUCAUGGACGAAGAUGUGGUAGAUGACACUGUUUCUGAACAAUUGAAUGGAGACACUUGUGAUCAAAAAGAACAUCAAAUGACCUCUGACCUUACCUCCGUGGGGGGUGCCACUGCUGAUGCUCUGUCAAACCACCAAGGUGCACAAGAACAAGACUCCAUUCAGGAAAAGAGUGGAGCAAACUUAGCUCAGAAUGAAAGCUCUAAGCCUGGAAAACCUGAUGAACACUUUUCAUUUGUUCAAGACAUACUUGCUGAGGCUAAAAGGCCAAGACGGACUGCUGCUAUUAAGACUGCUAAGUUGACUUCUGACUCACAGGGAGGCGGCCAGGUUAGCUCUGUUAAAUCUAAACAUGAUGUGUGUGGAGAGAAUGCUUCCAGUAACUUAGCAACAGGCACAUCUAAGGGAGAGAAAGGAAAGCCAAAAAGGAAUGCCUUUAAAACUGCAGACAGGAACCCGACAACGGUCCAAACUUGCUGCAGGUGCCAGUGGUGGUAGUAGUGAAAGGAUAGAUGAUGUUCAGUGAAAACACAAUGUCUUCACAUAUCUCUGUAUUAGCUGUGAAUACCUCCAUUACAAGAAUGCUUGCUUGUUCUAGUAUGAGACCUGCCCCCCAUACUUAGUGCUGCAUCAUACAGCACCUAACAAUAUCAUUAGGGUUCUUGCAGUUAACCAGUUGCUCAGUGUUAUAUACCAGUUGUACACGUUGUUUUAUAGUUGUAUUUGUGAGACUAUUGUCUCUAUGAAUGGUCCUAACAUAAUUGUGCUACAGGGGAUUUUACUGCCUUUCACAAGUUCUCCACAAGUUGGCUUCUUGAUGUUUAAUUAAUUAAUUAGCCUUGUUGAGUGCAGGAGCUCCAUUUAGGUGCCUCUCUAAGGUUAUAUCCAAGCUAGCAAUUUGGCUAUAUCUCAAAGUGGACCAGUCCAGUUAAAUGUACCUUUCAAUGUGAGAAUAGCCUAUGAGCUGAAUGUGCUGAUUUAAUGUACAUAGAACACUGAAGAUAUCCAUUCUAACCUCUCUAUUGAACCCUCACCUUCCCACUAAGUCUGGUAUUGAUCAGUCGGGUUACCCUGCUAAAAAAAGCUUAUAUUGAUGAGUAUGGAUGGCAUGACUGAUGUCCAAUAAAAUAGACUAAUGUUAACUGUCUGCAGGACAAACACGCUGGUAAUACAAUUCACAGUAUUGGUGUAUUGCAUAAUGUCAUAAUGUUCAGUUAUUAUUAAUAAUAAAAGGCAAUUACAUAUGGCCUACUCUCAUUAUUGAACCAGGUAUAAUGAUAAUAAUAAUAAUAAUAAUAAUAAUAAUAGUG